UAUUCUUCCUUGCGAAUACAUACUUAGUUGCCAUCCAUCACCACCUUGCAUAUGCCAUGCGCCAGCGAACCUGACGAGAAAAGCAACAAACGGCCGUUGGCGCAAUUGGCAAAUCUCGAAUUGCAUUGCACUGCGUGCGGCACUGACCUCACUCUGGCCCCCGUCCCCUCUCACCUCUCACCCUCCUCCACUGGCAUAAUUACAUUCACUCGUCGCUGCAUCCAUCCCGGCCUACGGAUACCACUUCCAAGGACAACCGCUCCCGCUUUGCUCUCACCCUCGCCCUCUUUUGCAACCAACACAUCAUUGCCCUUCUUUCCCCAAAGCCGACGACGACAACGACCCGACCGGCCCGGGCCUAUUCCUAUCUUUCACUUAAUUGCACCUUUCCCCCUCGUCGACGCCUCUCUUUCCAUCCCUCCUCGACCUCGACUGAGGUACGGAUAGCCCAACCCUCCUACUUACACUUGCGCGCACAUACGCACGCGCGGGCCACGGACACUCGACCAUCCCCACGCGGCCACGCCUCGUCAUCCGAUCUGUCUCAUCACCCACCGCCCCGACUGUAAACUAUCGUUGCGUUCGACCAUCCAUCCGACGUUUCUCCUGUUGCUGCUUGAGCCGAAGCAUCUGCUUUCUUUCGACUGCGCCUGCUGCACGAGAAUAGCAAUCGUGCAUCUACACUAGCCCACAGCCAUCAUCCGCUGGGUACUGCCUUGACACUCUUUUUCCGUCAUCGUCUCGUGCAACCCAUCACUCCCCCCCUUUUCACUCUUUCCCGGGGAACUACCAAACCCCCCUUCUGCCUACCACUUGCAAUCACGAACACGAGCGAGAAAGCCAGGCAAGAACAAGCCCACUACUAUCCAGACAAUAUCAAUUGCCAAGUCGCUACUCUUUCGGCUUCGCGAUCCUCACCAGCGAUCCACUCGAUACUUGACGCCCUUUCGCUAAGCGCUUCACGCUCGCCGUUUGCACGCAACGCACGCGGGGAGCCCCAACAGUAACCAAACAAUAGGCGCAACUGUGGUAGUGUGGUCGCACAUGCUAUUCGCCCACUCCGUUUGCGGCUUCCGACUCCGAAACAUUCAGUUUAUGCCUAGGACCCCAGAUAAUGAGCCAGGCCCGUCGCUCUAGCUUCGGUAUGCUUCUCAGACGCUCCAAGUCCGGCGACUUGGGAAAGGGUGGUAAGAAGGCCCAAGCCCAACGCGAACAGCAGGAACGCGAGGUCGAACGUCAGCGCCAAGCUGCCGUCUCCAAGAACCCUCCCAAGCUCCCCGAGUUCUACAAGGUCAAUGACCAGCUCUCCAACUCCAUCCCCUCCGACCUUCGCGCCGAGGAAGCCUCCAUCAUGUCCGACCACACCAUAGGCACCGCCUAUUCCACUCGCCCUUCCAUGGAGCCCGGCCGCAGUGGUGUGGGCUUCGUCCCUCCCAUUCCUCCCAUCCCCGCCAAUGCCUAUGAUCCCUAUGCUCGCACAGAGAGCAUGACGCACCGCGGUCGGUACAGCUACGCUAGCAGCGCCAUCAGCACGGUGAACAGCCCUAGAAGGGUUCGGAGAAGAAAGGAUCCCACUCCAUUCAACAUCCUCGUCAUUGGUACCCGUGGCGCUGGCAAGACUUCCUUUCUCGAAUUCCUCAAGACCGCCCUGGCACUCCCGCCGAAAAAGCGAUCCCGCCGAACCGAGGCAGAGGAAGACAGCAGCCCCCGGCCGCCUCCUUCUGGCAACUUCAUCCCCCACUAUCUUGAGACCGAGAUUGACAGCGAGCGAGUCGGCCUUACAAUCUGGGAUUCGGAAGGCCUGGAGAAGAACGUUGUCGAUCUCCAGCUUAGGGAGAUGUCGGCCUUCCUGGAAAGCAAGUUUGAGGAGACUUUCACCGAGGAGAUGAAGGUGAUUCGAUCGCCUGGUGUACAGGAUACCCACAUCCACGCCGUCUUCAUGGUUCUCGACCCCGCCCGCCUCGACCGCAACCUCGCGUCGGUGAGGAGCGGUGUGUCGAAUGGUCACAAUGGCAAGUACGCGCCUCCCGCUCGCAUCCAGGGUGGUUUAGAUGAGGAUCUGGACCUCCAAGUCCUUCGUACUCUGCAGGGCAAGACGACGGUCAUUCCGGUCAUCUCCAAAUCCGAUACAAUCACGACCAAGCACAUGAACGUCCUCAAGAAGACUGUUUGGGAAACCAUCAAGAAGUCGGGCUUGGACCCUCUCGAGGCUCUAGGCGUCGACGAGGAUGACGACUCCACCAAAAUCGAGGAGGAAGAUGAGAUCGCAUCGGAAUAUGAGCAGGCCGUCUCUCAUGAUGAGGACGACUUCCCUUUUCAAGACCGUGAGCGUGCACCCUCUUCUCCAGGCUCAAAACGACUUUCCAGCUCGUCCAUCCGCCAACACAAGGCGAAUCAAGGGGCAAAGGCCGAGGAGAUACCGUUCCUUCCUCUCUCCGUCAUCAGCCCGGAUCUGUACGAACCCGAGGUUUUGGGACGGCAAUUUCCCUGGGGCUUUGCCGACCCCUACAACAAGGAGCACUGCGACUUCACCAGACUCAAGGACGCCGUCUUCAGCGAGUGGAGAGCCGAACUCCGUGAGGCCAGUAGGGAGCAGUGGUACGAGGGUUGGCGCACGUCGCGACUUAAGAACAACCCGAAUGCCCGUCGACGAUAGGCUGCUUCCAAACCAACCCGCAAGGUCCCCUCUUAUGGACCACUGAUACCCUUUCUCUUCUAAAACAUACCGGUAUUCCCAAGACCGGCUUUCAAACAUGUUUUCUCCACUUCUUGUUUUUGAGAUUUGAGAGCACCACGCAGCAUACCCCUAUUGUCCCGUUUUUCCUAUGUCACAUAUUCUUACGAACUUCUAUGGUUGGAAGGCAUCCCAAAAACAGGGCGAAACGACAGCAUCUUCAGGCCGAACUCGCAUGACGAAAACCCUUUUGAUAUCCUCGGACGCUACCUUGCGAUGGCAAUCCCGGUUUGGCAAUGUGGCAUGGUAUGGCAUACCAGCAUGUCCGACUCCUCAUUAUCGAGAGAGCUGGGGAGUAUGACAAUUGCCAAGACUUCUGUUGCAAGAGAGGGAUGCAAGACCUGUUUUAUGGUACAUUUGCGCACUGGAAAAGCGCCACACUCGCUCCCUCACCGGCGGGGGUGACGAUUCAUUCUACCAGGCCCAAUCUUUUUCUAUUCUGCUUCAAUAACGACAUUCGAGACCCC